ACUAGAAAUUAUAUUACUUCACAAUUUUUUUUUUAAAAACAAUAUAUCAUAGUUCAUCGUACGAGCAUCAGCUGAGUCGAAACCCAAACCCUUUUAAGCGGGCGAGUUGUAAGAAUGUUUCUUUUCUCUCGUACUCGGCCGUACCCCUAGCCUCCUUCUCAUCUCAUCACCGUCUUCUGCGUCUGUCCCGAUCAUCUUCUCCUUCGCUGGCCGUACUGGCCGGUGUUGAACGAAUCCACUCCACAACAACACCGCCUCCGAGGAUUUCUGGUUCUAAAAUCAAUGGCUUUGAAACUCACCGACACCUCCCAUUCGGAUGACCGUACCGUGUUCAUAGACACCAGCCUCGACACUCACUUCGCCAUGGUCGUCUCUGAACUUCACACCGUUUCCGACCUCAAAGGGAAGAUUGAGAAAGAACACAGAUUGUGCUUCACUAAUGUUGGGGAAAUAGUUGUUCAUGCUCUCAAGGUAAAGCGCCUUGGAAAACUCUAUUACUUACCAGAUUAUAUGCUCGUAAGUGAUGCUUUUGACAAGGCCAAGAAGACAUGGUUUCUUAGUGUUGAUGCUUCUUUUGUAAAGAAGCAUCAUCAGGAACAACUUCUCCAAAAUCCUGAUUCUAACAACCUAUUAUUAACUUGCUAUGGCUUCAAUACUAAUACUUCACAAUUUGAUCAAGUUGCUAAUAGAAAGCGCAAGCUUGAACAUUUACAGGAAACAAAUAUUGAUUCUUGUAAAGACACCUCUAAGCCGGAUAUUGUCUCUCAGAAGUUGUGUAUCAGCACCAAAAGUGAUGAAGCUAAGCAAGAUAGUUUUCAGCAGCGCAACAAGUUAGUUGGAGAAGAAUUGCAAUCUGAUCAAGUUGCAAAAAGACGCAAGAUGGAACAUUUACAAGAAAAAAAUAUUGAUUCUGGUAGGGAGACCUCUAAACCAGAGUUUGUAUCUAUGAAUGACAUUCUGGAGCGCAGCAAUUCGAUAGUUGAAGAAGCUACAAAAAUUGAUCAACUUGCAAAUGCUACCUUGGCUGGUUUAACUGCCAAGCCUACAGAUGAUGUCCAUGCAGUGAGCAAGGACUCAAGAAAAAAGAAGAAAAAGGGAAUGAAAUCUACAAAUAAAGAUCAAGUAUUUUCUGAGGCUCCAUCUUUGAGGAAUGAUGAUUUAGGCACUGCAGAAGGUGACCAUAAAAAUUUAGGUGAGGUACCUGCCACUGCAUCUGCUCCUUUACAAGCUGAACAUUGUACAACUCUUCCGGAAAUCUCUACAAAAGACAAGCAAUCUGAUAUCAUCCCAGGAGCAGAUGAUGUCCAUGUAGCGAGUAAUGAAAAGAAUAAAAAUGAAAAUGCUUCUUUGGAUGAUUCAACGGCCCAGCCUACAAAAGAUGUUCAUGUAAGUAAUGAGAUGGGAAAGAAGAAGGGAAAGGGGAAGAAAUCAAAAAGUAAACUUGAUCAACUAGUUGCUGGGAUUCCAUCUUUGGGGAAGGAUGAGCAUAUUGACAUCAGCUCAGAAGUUAACCAUAAAAACUUAAGUGGGGAGCCUGACACCGCAUCUGCGCGUUUACAGGCUGAACAUGGUAGAACUCUUCAGGUUACCUCUACAAAAGACAAGCAAUCUGAUAUCAUCCCAGGAGCAGAUGAUGUCCAUGUAGCAAGUAGUAAAAAGAAUAAAAAUGAAAAUGCUUCCUUGGAUGAUUCAACUGCCAAGCCUACAAAUGAUGUCCAUGUAAUGAGUAAUGAGAUGGGAAAGAAAUCAAAAAGUAAACUUGAUCAAGAAGUUGCUGGGGUUCCAUCUUUGAGGAAGCAUGUUUCAGAGGAGCAUUGUAACAUCACCGCAGAAGUUGACCGCAAAAAUUUAGUUGAGGAGCCUAGCAUUGCAUCUGCUCCUUCACAGGCUGAACAUGGCAUAACUCUUGCAGCAACCUCAACGAAGGAGAGUCAAUCUGAUAUUAUCCCAGGAGCAGAUGAUGUCCAUGUACCGAAUAAUAACAAGAAUAAAAAUGAAAAUGCUUCUUUGGAUGGUUUAACUUGCAAGCCUGCAGAUAAGACGGAAAAUAAGAGAAGAAGAAAAUCAAAAAGGAAACUUGAUCUAGUUGGUGCUGAGGUUCCAUCUUUGGGGAAGGAUGAGCACUAUAACAUCACUGCAGAAGUUCACCAUAAAAGUUUAGGUGAGAAGCCUGGCACUGCAUCUGCUCUACAUGGUAUAACUCUUCCGGUAAUCUCCACAAAAGAGACGCAAUCUGACAUCGUCCCAGGAGCUGAAAAACAUGCACUCCCAUUAUUAGAUCAAAGUGGAGCAAGUGUAGACAAGGCGGCAAGUGCAGCAGACAAAGUGAUAAAUUUAAAGAGUCAUUGUCCUCCUAAUGCUGAGCUGAUUGCUUCUCUUGCUGUCAAAGAGCCCUUAGAUCAGCAAAUGGAUGUUUGCGAAUCUGGGCAUAAGAAUGUUUCACUUAGUCGGGUUGAAGGAGCGGUAGAAGAGAAUUCAGCCUCAAAGAAAGGCUCAGUGCUGUCAAACAAGCCUAACUCACAUAGCCAAAAUACAACUGAGCUAAAAAUACAAAAUGUAAACGUCAGUGCUGAUCUUUGUGGUGAAAAGACAACUGAUGUACCUAUAAAGUCUUGUAAAAAGAUAAAAACUAGAAAGACCAAGGGUUCUGUUCUAGAAACUGUGGCCACAUUAGGUAAAGAAGAUAUAAAAGAGCCUGAGCCUAAAAUCUUUGUUCAACCUCUUGAAGCUAAGAAAGAUGAGGACCUGAGUAAAACUGAGGGGAAGAACAUGCAGCAAGCCAGCAAACAUCAGGGUAAAGCUGAAAAUGUGGAAAACCGAGAGAGAAAGAACUCUAAAAGGAAACGGAAAUUAUCAGAAAAGAACCUUCCUGAUAUGCAAUUAGAGGAUCGAAAUACAGUUGAUCAAACAUCUACACAAACAUCUGAUAAUCAGAUCAAAGGUUCUGCAGUGGGAAAUAAAGUUAACUUGGCAAAAGAUUUGUCUGAAGGUUUUGCUACCACUAAUGGAGCCCUUGUUGGCAAGAUGACCAAAACAAAGAGAGCAGCUCAUAUUAUUAAUUUCAAGGAAGAUCAAAAAAAUGGACAUUCAGAUGAAACUUCAUCCAAUUUGCAGAGGUCUCUGAAGCCAAAUGAUAAGCAAGAGAAUGAAAAACCCGGUGAAUCAACAGUUCAGCCUGUGAAGAAGCAGCCAAAAGCUUCUAGGACUAAAACUCCUGUGUCUAAUGUUUUGGAUAAGGUAAAUUUGAUUCCUAAUGAAAUCAGAAGCCACAAUGUCGGGGGUGCUGUUCAUUUGCAGAAAAAUACUGAUUCUGUUUUGGUUUCAAAGUCGACCUUCCAAAGAUCAAGGACCGAGACUAAGCAAGAAAUACUGGGUGCAGCUGAGGGAAAAGUUUCUAAGAAGUACAAUGGAGAAAUCUUGAACAGCUCAAAACAAAACAAAAGAUUAACACCAGGGUCAAUUUUCAAGGAUGAUGAUGAGAGUUCUGAAGAUGAAGAAGAGGUGGGUUCAGAUAGCAGCACAAGAAGUCCAUCAGAUCACUUGAUAUCAGACUACUCAGAUGGGGAGAGCAAUUCGAAUUUGCACACACCGCAUAAUGGAUCUAAUAACUCGCCGAAAACCGAAGGGAGAAACAUGAGAAAAUCUUCUCUUUCAAGUACAAAGAACAUGGCUCUUGAUGAGAUCUUUAGAAGCUCAAGCAGAUUCAAGCUAGCCAAACGAACAGCAGCCCAGUUGGUACUAGAAGAAGAGAGUCAGAAGCAAGUUGAUUUUGUCCCAGACAGUCAACCAAUAUAGUAAAUUUUUUGAUCUUUCUUGGCUGAAGUGAGUGAGAUGAGAUUUGCUCCUUUCAAGGAUAUUUCUAUGUCAUUCCAUUUGGCAAUUCCAACGUUGUCCAUUUCUUCCAAUUUUGAUUUGUUAAUGUUGUUGUGGAAGUAAUGUCCUUAAGAUUAUUAAUCUUUUAUCCUAUACUAGUUUUUGGACGUGCUUUGCAGUUUGCACGUGUGAUAUGUAUAAUUAUAUAGAUUUCACAUUAUUAUUUUUAUUUUAAA